AUGCGCUCCCGGUCCGGAAGUAUGAAUCAAUCUGCCGAAUCCAACCAAGAACACAAUCAGCAGUCCACAGACCACUCGGUAGUUACCCGCCGCGGUGCACCGGCACGUCACUCCCGCCGCGAGCGAUCUGAGUCUGAGAAUCGAUCAUGGACUAGGGCGAGCGAUAGACGGACCAAGGGAACAACGGGGUCGAAGAGUCGGUCUGUCUCGAGACAUUAA